AUGGCAUCUGUUCCAAAGACCAUGGGAGGUAUCCUCAUUGAGCAAACCGGUGGCUCCGAGGUCUUGCAAUGGAAGGAUGACAUUGCCGUUCCUGAGCUCAAGGAGGGCCAAUUGCUUGUCAAGAAUGAAUGGGUUGGUGUCAACUACAUUGAUACCUACUUCAGAAGUGGCCUCUACAAGGCUCCAUUGCCUUUUGUCACUGGUGGUGAAGCUGGUGGUGUCGUGGCCGCUGUUCACGACUCCGUCUCCGGCCUCAAGGUUGGCGACAAGGUGGGGUAUUUGAGCCAGACGCGUGGCGCCUACGCACAAUACACCGCAGUCGCAGAAGAAAAGGUGAUUAUCCUGCCCGAGGGCGUCACAACAAAGACCGCUGCCGCUUCGCUCCUCCAGGGUCUCACUGCCUUGACCUUGAUCAAGGAGGCGCACUACGUCAAGCCGACCGACUGGGUCUUUGUCACGGCCGCGGCCGGAGGUGUCGGAACCAUUCUCUGCGAGAUGAUCUCGUCCAUCGGAGCCAAGAUCAUUGGCACGGCCGGCACGCCCGAGAAGAUGGAGCAGGCCAAGAAGAACGGCGCCAACUACGUCAUCAGCUCGCGCGAGAGCCCCGAGAAGAUUAUCGAGGAGGUCAAGCGCAUCACGGGCGGCCACGGCGCCGACGCCGUCUUUGACGGUAUCGGCAAGGCCACGUUCGACAUGGACCUCGAGAUCGCCGCGCGCAAGGCCACCGUCUGCACCUACGGCAACGCCAGCGGCGCCGUGCCGCCCGUCGAUGUCAUGCGCCUCGCUGGCUCCAAGAACCUCAAGCUCAUGCGCCCGACUCUGUUUGCCUACCUGUCUGACGCUGAGGACUUCCGCAAGUACUCGUCCGAGCUCGUCGACAUGCUCAAGCGGGGCAUUGUCAAGCUGGAGAACACUUCGGACUACAAGCUGGAGGAUGCCAAGGCGGCGCACGACGACCUUGAGAGCAGAAAGACGACUGGAAAGUUGCUCCUGCAGGUUCCGCAGUAA